UAUGCGGCGAUGACUAGACUUGACGUGACGAACGCCAUGAUUUGAUGCGCUGAAUAUUAUGAAGUGCGCUUCUUGUUGUUGGAAGUUUUGAUUAUCUUACAAAAUGGCUCCCGCCCCGAAGGAAGUGGACGUUUUUUCCGGGCCACACAGUCGUAUGAAAGAGUUGGUCCGCAUUUAUUCGGACAAGUUGACCGCGACUGACUUUUCAAACUAUGCCGAGCUGCGGGGGUUGCUGUGGAGUCUCCGAGCCACAUUCAGGGAAUUCAAAACUCACGAACACAUUGAGAAUGAAUGCAUCAUGCAGAAACUCCGACACCGGCUGGACUAUCUCAAGAUUGAAAACCAAGCCGUGUACAAGAUCCACUCUGACAAUCGUCUGAGCGAGAUGCAGGGCCUGCUGGAGGAAGGCUGCAAGAAGACAGAGCACUGCCACUCCCCCAGCGAGAUGAUCACCAUUGGCAGCAAGAUCCGAGACGCGCUGGAGGUCUUCACCAAGGACUUCCUGCCCCACAUGCAGGAGGAAGAGGAGUGUUUCCAGCCCUUGCUCAUGAAAUACUUCACUUACGAGGAGCUGAAACGCAUCCGCUAUGACGUGAUCGAGAGGCACACCCUCCACACCAAGUACCGUUCUGAGAACGACAAGGAAUUGGCCCCUGAAGAGUCAUACGAGAAAGUGGAUGAUGUCAAAGAUGAUAUUUCCAACACAUCCCAAGACAAGACAGCAGGCCUACCAUCCGAAGUCUUGGUGCACAUCUUCUCCUACCUGAGCCCCAAGGACCUAUGCCGCUGCGCACAGGUCAACAGCCAGUGGAACCAGCUUGCCAUGGACGGCAUGCUAUGGAAGAGUCUCCAUCCUGUUAGAUGGGCACAAGGUGACUGGCGUUUCGUCAUUGAUGACUUCCAUCAGGACAUCGAAGACCUUGGCUCAGACGAUGGUGAGGGGAAUUACAUCACGGUGGACGAAGACGCUGAUUUUAAUGAGUCAGAGUCCUCGGCAGACAGUGACGAAAAGGACAGCCACGAGGUCAGCCAGUCGGCAUUGCGCAUCCGUCGCGAAGCCAAGAUGCUGGAUGGCAUUGCCAAGCACCUGAUUCCGGUAGUCGGACACGGAGUGGAGACACUGAUGUUGUCACAGAGCAAAGGACUUAACAAUGCCAUGGUCUACAGAUUGCUGUCUAACGCUCCGAACCUGAAACAGCUCGAUUUGUCGCUCACCAAAAUCUCCGAUAUCGCAUUCAAAAGGUUUGGUAAGAAUGGCUCUGGUAGACGUCUGAAACACCUGAACCUCUCUGGGUGCACCAGCAUCACCGACGCCACCCUCAAGCGGCUUUCUCUUGCCAUCUCGCCCCCUCUGGGAAAGGAGGAACCGAACGGAGAUACUUCCAGUCAUCAACUAUCCUGUUCCCUCGGCGCAUGUGGAAAAUACUGCUCUGAAGUCAUCUCCAUCGAUGAGCUGUCAACUGACAAAAACGGCCGGCCGAAAUCGCAGUGUGCCGAAAAGACAGUGAGCUCUGACUCCUACGAAGUGCAUCUGAACCACUCCAGUCAAGGCACCAGACUGGGAGCCAGAUUAGGCAGCACGGGACAACAUUCAAAGUGCAAGGAGAUGUCAGAAGCCUUCCUCGGCAAGUUAAACAGAGAGAACAACAUCUGUCAAAGUUUCCAGGCUGAUGACUCUCCCUACAGGACUAAAGAUUGUUGUGGCAACUCAAAAGGGUCUGCUGUGACCCACAGGACUUGUUGCACCAACAUAUCAACUAUGGACAGAUCGGAUGGAUUCACAGACCGCCAACUGGCUAACCACACCAGUCAACUGGAAUUUCUCAGCUUGGCUGGUUGUUACAGAAUCACAGAUGAUGGACUAAGGUACCUCGCUGGCAAUGGGGGCCAGCCCCGUCUGAGGUACCUGGAUCUCUCGGGCUGCCUCAGCGUAACCUCAACCGGCCUGAAUCAGUUGGCGGCGGCCUGCACCAGCCUGGACCAUGAGGAGUUCUUCUACUGCGACAACAUCCUGGAGGGGCCGUACGCCGACACCGCCAGCGGCUGUCAGAACUUGCAGUGCAGGCAUCUGGUCUGCUGCCGUAGCGGGGAGUGAUUGCGCGCAGGAAUAGGAAGAAGCUGAUGUUGACUGCAUCGUAAGAUACAAUAAAGGCUGACGCACACACACGAUGGAAGAUUCAUCAGCUCAACAAGAUUUGUUCAAGACGAUAUACAUGAACAUGUAGUUUUUCAGUUUAAACGUUAAAUACAAUGUACCAAAGUGUCCAGUCAGCGACCGCGCUAAAUGUUAUAUCCAUUGUGUUUGCUUUCUCAGUAGGCUAAGUCAUUAAUAGUCAUUAAAGCAGUGAAGCAAUUUACCGUAUCGCUCCUUGAACUCCAAAUUUGAAGAAAUGGAAAAAUCAGGCUAACCUCUUUAAUUAAUGUAGACAUUUUCCAAGUACAAAAUACAAGAUGUGUUAUAGUGAGUAUCAACAAACAGUGUAUAGACCUCAAUAUCUGUGAUUUAUGUCCUGUCUUCUUUUGCUUCAGACAGAAUAUGUAGAAUUUUCAGAAUUUUGUGUUUGGUGAGAAGUUUCCAUAGAAACAGUGCACUUGCUUUUUGCAUUUAUUGCAUACAGAAAUAAAUGCAGUUAUAGAAAAGAAAUAAGGACGAAAAAUUGGGGGCCUGAGAGAUAGAGGGGGAGUGCAAAGUGUUUCCCAUGUUUUGAAUAGACAGCCCCAAACUUGAAAAAAAAACAGCUCUUGUUGUGGUGAGAAGAGCGGCAGUCCUGAACUUGGGACAGUGGCAUGCAGUGAGCCAGUUUAGCCAGAGAUUGUAUUUUUGCAUCGUCUAAAGUUAUUGUUAUAAUGUACAGAAUUUGGGAUUCUUAUUACAGUUAGCAAGGGCGUCUGGGAGGUAUAGCUCACUUCCAGUCGAGUGAUUUCCCCGCUGUGUUCAACACAAAUAAUCUGGUUGCCAAGCACCCUGCAGCAACAGACUUUAUUAGUGGCCCCUUGAGAUUACGCCACGCACUCACAAGUCAUGGUUGAUUUGAAUUCCUCAUUAAGUCAAUGACUUGUAAUCAUUGCAUAGUAUAACAAAGAUCGUGUUGUGCUGGGGUGUAGGAAGGAACCCCUCUUAUUUUCAUGAUAUUUCGUUACAACAUGCAGUGUUUUGUUAAGUUGUGUUAAUUGAUAGAAGCCGUGAACACCUGUAUCUUCAAUUGAAAGACGAAAAGUUUAAAUAUACUGUAACAGAGUGUCUGAAUCUGUUUGA